UUGGCUUAGAAAAUAGCCAUGUGGGAGUCGGGGCGGAAGUAAGCACGCGUCUAUGCAAGUCAAUGGCUGGCUGCUCAAUGGAGUAAAACACGGAAGUGCCGUCGUUCAACUUUUGACAUACGUAACAGAAGGAAGGAAGGAAAGUUCCAUUUUGGGCUGCCUGACUGGCCUAUGGAAGUGGGGAGAAAUCAUGUUUUAAAAUUAACUUUGCGCGAUUAGUCGGACAUAAGGAGUUUUGGUACAGAGAUGCCGCGCACGGCUACUACAAUUCCCGUGAGGCUUUGCGCGGCCUGUGGCCGACCAACCGGAAGCGCCCCGAGGGGCUGGAUUACUAACGGCGCGAUCUCCAUUCGUCCUGUCACGUUCGUGUCGGCCCGCCGUGCGCCAGGGAGACAAGGGAAAUGGCGGUGUCAGACUUUGCGAAACCGGCGACCUUUGUGGCCCGGGUGAAUCCGAUCGCGGUGAAAAAAGCGAUCGCUGGAAAUUCAAGUGGAAACACACGAACGCGGAAGUGCGUUAGCCGAGUCGAUGCUCGGAUCGCGGACACAAUGGUCAGAUCUUCCUAGCGCGAAGGCCUUGUUGUGCUACGGAGUGAAAUCACGCGGGCCGUUAACGUCUAUUUGCGAAUUCGCGCGACGUAAGAAGCCAUGUGUAAAAAGCAUAAAUGCCGUGGAGGGCGACUACAUCUCCCAGAGGGCUUUGCGAGAAUGUAGUCCAGGCGACCGGAAAUGACGCGAAGAGCCCGACCGUCGGGGGCACGAUUCUUUCCGAACGGAUACGAAGAUGUGCCGCUGUAUGAGACAUAAACAUGGUAAAAAAGCGACGACUGGUGUCGAACAGAGGCAAUUGUAAUUGCCCUAAAAAAUGAAAUACAAAAACACGUAUACUGUCAAAACAAGAACACGGGAAAUCCAGUGAGAGGCUUCCGCGGCGAUCCGAACGCGAGGACGGACGAACGAACCGCUGGGGUGCUGGAUAGACACCGUUCGGUUCGAGUUUGAAACGAUGUGCCGCGGUGACGCCCGUGAAGGCGACUACAUCUCCCGUGAAACCUUGCGGCUUCCGACGUCGGCCACCGGAGGUGGGCGGGGAAAGUCAAGUGGCGUGAGGGCGUUCUUUCCCGAAGUUCUCCGAUGCGACCGAACUAUUUAACGUGCGACUAGAGGUACUUAGCUCGGAGCCCCUUGGACGACAAGUGGUCGUACAAAAAAACGAGGUGAGUACACUACUAAAUGAAAACGGAAAUAAUGACAUAUUGGUGCGUAUUAGUCACGGCUGCGGCCACGUAUUUUAGCAAGGUCCGUGCGGACUCGUGCACUUGCCCGAGGGCGGGCAAAAAUGGCGGGGAUGGUCAAUUAUGGCGGGACGCCAGUCAGGUGAGUUGGGGAACGAAUAGAACUCCCGCAAAAUGCGCGGGGAGAUGGAAAUAAUUUUUUUAACUUCUAACUGGACAUAUUAGGCCCCCUUUUUUUUCUCAUACUGGGGGACACCGUAGCAAUGUGCGGUGGGGAUGCUUGUUUUAGGAGGAAUGAACGGUGGUCCUGCUACUUGAAAUAGGUGAAGUCUACCGUGAAGUUGCACAUAAGUCGAGCGGCUAUUGUAUUAUGGGACUAGAGUCGGAAUACUGAAGGGCGCCGACAGUUGAACUGUGGGAGGCUAGAGAAGGAAUUUAUGGGGGGAACGGGCUAAAGUCCUAUUUGGCGUGACGUUUUAUCGCUUCGUCUAAGACCGAGGUCCUGCUCUGCUCUGCUGCCCGGUGGGAGAAAGUCGGUGAACCUACGCCGUCGACGACCGGGACCGGAAGGCGGUCCGCGAAGGGCGAAGCAGUCGAAUCCCGACGCGAGAGGCCACGGUUACGGGCGACGCCGCCGCUGAAGUGCCGUGACUCGGCGAGAGAAAAUUGAUGAAAACAAGACUGCGAAUACACGGAAAACUUCGCGGUGAGAAUGGAGGGACGGGGUAAACAACUGGCGACGGGGGAUCUGAAAUUUCUGGCCAGACUGAUGACAAGGUUCAUCAGGACGUCACACCAUCUUGAGAGUGUGGCGGACGCCGACCGCCCGCCAUGGGGCAUUCGACUCCUGGAAAAAUCACUGGUAGAAGGGGUCAAGCCCUCCAAUCCGAAUGAGAAAAUCAAUACAUUGACCAAGUACAAUGCUAAGAAUUGGGCGUACGUGACACAACAGUCGCUCUUCGAACAUUAUUCGGAAACUUUGGCGUCGCUUAAAAUUGAACUCGGCAGGUUCAAAAAUGCACGCUGGCAAGACGCGCUGUCCUUGGCGGUGAAGUGGGCUAGAUUAGAUCUAGACACUCUACGGCAGGCCACUCUGGCGAAGGCGAGCGCGGAAAUUGAAUUUAUUAUGGGUGUAGCGGGAGCUCAGCCCCCGACAGGUAGAUGGGACACCCCGGUAGAUAGGCCGGACGCGUCGAUUCCAGGUCCGUCGACGAGACCGAUGGUCUCCGCGUACACGCAAACGGACGCCUGGACCCCGGAGGGGCCGAGCAACGCCGAAGAAACGCGGCCGUCCACGUCGACCGCGAACCCUGGGGCGCCGACCAAAAGGAAGCCGAACGACGGACCCGAAGAGAACCUGGCCCUCGAAAGUCACGGAAAAAAGAAGAAACAGAAGUCGGUAAGAACGACCGAUGAUGACUUAGAUCUGGAUGCACUGCUUGCAGAAUACACCCCGCCGUUAGAAGUCCUGUUGGGACCGGAGGAGCCCUCCGACCCCCUGGUCGAGGCCCUCGAAAGGGCGAUCACGCCCACCUUGCCGGAAAUCGACCUGAUCUCGGACGACGCCCUGAUGGAAGUGGAGGAAGCCCCGCCUUGGGACAUCGAGACGGUAGACACGAGCACGGUGGUGAUGACCUCCCCGAUCCUCGAGAGCCUGAUGGCGCCGUCCCCGCCUCGCGGGGACAUGAGCGAGACCCCCGGUGGAAAACCGCAGAGAGCCCUUGUCCCGCGAGCGCUUCGCAUGCCGGACGAAGCGGCCCCUGGACGUCCGGUGGAGAAAGAAGGCGAGUGGGGUGUCAGUAAGGGGGAGGGCGUCAAGUUGCGAAUUGACGGAAUGCAAUUGUUUAAAUUUCACGACCAUAAGGGUGACAAAUACGGGAAUUGGGACCUAGUGGUGGAUAGGCCCAUAUUAAUCAUGGGCGAUUCAAACAUCUCUAGGCUACCGGGAGUCAGAAACACGAACGUUCAAAUGGACUCCUAUCCGGGCGCCAAAAUGAACCACCUGGUUCACGUUCUGGCCUUCAGAACCAAAAUAGUGGUCCCUCCCAAGAAAGUCAUCCUUUCAGUAGGCCUGAACGACAGAAACCAAACGAACCCCUCGAAACUCAGAGAAGACGUCAAGAAUCUGGCCGAGGUGGCGAAGAAGACUUUCCCGCAGAGCGAUAUAGGUAUCCCGAGAAUAAACCACUCGCCGUUAAUGACCAACUUCGUACGGGCCAAAAUAGAACAGCUCAAUUUUAUGAUAGGAGAGACAGGUUACGGGAUCCCUAAAUUGGGAGACCAAUUAUUUGAGACGCUCGGGGACGGGAUCCACUGGUCCCCAGCCACGGCCAAAAAUAUGUGGGCCUUGUGGUACGAAGGUUUUUUGGAAGGGGGACGUUUGUAGUGUCUCCGGGUUUUCCGAAUAGGAAAACUUACGGCUGGACCCGUCCUCCCCAAAAAUAUAAAAAAUAAUUUUUCCACCACUCUCUGUCCCUUCGUAAAAUUGAGCUCUUUGUUCGUGACGUUUGCAGCCACGCACCCGCCGACACGGUUUAUGCCUCGCUUCCGAGUGCGAUGCCCGUUGGGCUGUUUUUGCUUUCUGUGUUUAUAACUGUGCGAUUUUUGAGUUAAGAGGACUUUGGUGGGCUUUUCUUGUUUUCAUGGGACGGUUUGGUUUUGUUUCAAGGCUUGUAAGAAAAGGUUUUUUUUUUUUUUUUUCUUUCUCGGAUUGUUUUUUUUCAUAUUGUACCAUAUGUAUAUGGGUGGAUAAUUUUUUUAUAUAUGUAUGUAUACACGUACAUGUACAUAAUCUCUAUAUAUAAUUCUUUUUCAGGUUCUUGUUGGUUUGUUUUUGUUCAUAUUUUUUCAAUACAAUUUAUGCUGGUAUUCCGGCGUUUUUGAAGGGGCCCUCUCUUGCCCUGGUGAUAAUUCGGUUGUGUUUUUGAGUGUACUUUUCUUUGUUCGUUCAAUAAGGAUUGUUGAUUCCCGUUUGUUAAUUAAUAAAUAUGUUUGCUUAACAACUUUGGACGUUUGGCCGUGUUGUUUGAAAAAUGGACAAAUGACUCUCGGAGACCGUAUGUUUUUCCCAAGAACAGGUUUUAGACGGUGUGGCUCCCAAUCAGGACAAUGGGACUCUUCUAUGACCUAUAGUAAGUAGUUGUAAUUUGUUUUCUUUCCCACCGGAGGGCGCCAGUGUACGUGUUUUGCCCCGAGGGGAGAUUAGUUUAUCACCAAUACUUUAAUAAUUUACUUUUUAUUAUACUGGUGAGCUAAUAGGAAUUAUUGGGGUUAAUAUUGGGGGUUUUUGGGCUACUGGAUGAAUUUAGGGAUUAAUUUUAAUUGUUUAUUUGGGACGUAAAUAAACGUUACAGGUAGAUAGCGCCGUUUCGGUCGCCGCUACGAUGACGUAGCAACGCCUGAUUGGCUUAGAAAAUAGCCAUGUGGGAGUCGGGGCGGAAGUAAGCACGCGUCUAUGCAAGUCAAUGGCUGGCUGCUCAAUGGAGUAAAACACGGAAGUGCCGUCGUUCAACUUUUGACAUACGUAACAGAAGGAAGGAAGGAAAGUUCCAUUUUGGGCUGCCUGACUGGCCUAUGGAAGUGGGGAGAAAUCAUGUUUUAAAAUUAACUUUGCGCGAUUAGUCGGACAUAAGGAGUUUUGGUACAGAGAUGCCGCGCACGGCUACUACAAUUCCCGUGAGGCUUUGCGCGGCCUGUGGCCGACCAACCGGAAGCGCCCCGAGGGGCUGGAUUACUAACGGCGCGAUCUCCAUUCGUCCUGUCACGUUCGUGUCGGCCCGCCGUGCGCCAGGGAGACAAGGGAAAUGGCGGUGUCAGACUUUGCGAAACCGGCGACCUUUGUGGCCCGGGUGAAUCCGAUCGCGGUGAAAAAAGCGAUCGCUGGAAAUUCAAGUGGAAACACACGAACGCGGAAGUGCGUUAGCCGAGUCGAUGCUCGGAUCGCGGACACAAUGGUCAGAUCUUCCUAGCGCGAAGGCCUUGUUGUGCUACGGAGUGAAAUCACGCGGGCCGUUAACGUCUAUUUGCGAAUUCGCGCGACGUAAGAAGCCAUGUGUAAAAAGCAUAAAUGCCGUGGAGGGCGACUACAUCUCCCAGAGGGCUUUGCGAGAAUGUAGUCCAGGCGACCGGAAAUGACGCGAAGAGCCCGACCGUCGGGGGCACGAUUCUUUCCGAACGGAUACGAAGAUGUGCCGCUGUAUGAGACAUAAACAUGGUAAAAAAGCGACGACUGGUGUCGAACAGAGGCAAUUGUAAUUGCCCUAAAAAAUGAAAUACAAAAACACGUAUACUGUCAAAACAAGAACACGGGAAAUCCAGUGAGAGGCUUCCGCGGCGAUCCGAACGCGAGGACGGACGAACGAACCGCUGGGGUGCUGGAUAGACACCGUUCGGUUCGAGUUUGAAACGAUGUGCCGCGGUGACGCCCGUGAAGGCGACUACAUCUCCCGUGAAACCUUGCGGCUUCCGACGUCGGCCACCGGAGGUGGGCGGGGAAAGUCAAGUGGCGUGAGGGCGUUCUUUCCCGAAGUUCUCCGAUGCGACCGAACUAUUUAACGUGCGACUAGAGGUACUUAGCUCGGAGCCCCUUGGACGACAAGUGGUCGUACAAAAAAACGAGGUGAGUACACUACUAAAUGAAAACGGAAAUAAUGACAUAUUGGUGCGUAUUAGUCACGGCUGCGGCCACGUAUUUUAGCAAGGUCCGUGCGGACUCGUGCACUUGCCCGAGGGCGGGCAAAAAUGGCGGGGAUGGUCAAUUAUGGCGGGACGCCAGUCAGGUGAGUUGGGGAACGAAUAGAACUCCCGCAAAAUGCGCGGGGAGAUGGAAAUAAUUUUUUUAACUUCUAACUGGACAUAUUAGGCCCCCUUUUUUUUUCUCAUACUGGGGGACACCGUAGCAAUGUGCGGUGGGGAUGCUUGUUUUAGGAGGAAUGAACGGUGGUCCUGCUACUUGAAAUAGGUGAAGUCUACCGUGAAGUUGCACAUAAGUCGAGCGGCUAUUGUAUUAUGGGACUAGAGUCGGAAUACUGAAGGGCGCCGACAGUUGAACUGUGGGAGGCUAG